GCAUUUUUAAUGCUGGGGAGGUUGAUCGUGUAACAUACUGAAAGCGUUGCAACAUGGACUCAGACGAGGAGAACGAACCCAGGAACGAACUGAGGCGUCCCCAGCGGGUCCAGGUCGUGCCCACGCUGAAAGAAAUCACCAUUAAUGUGUUGGGUCGCUUCAGGCAUUGUCUAGGCGACAUCGGGUGGGUUGACCCGGAGUCGCUGCGGGCGCUCCUCUGGCACUGCAACGCAGAGCAGCUUGCGAUGGUGGAGGACGAAACACGCACUGGCAGUGACCGGGACCUGGAGUGGUACACGUGGCACCUGUGGCGGCGGCUCAUGGAGGCCGACUUGGGCUCCACAGCCAAACUGGAGGUGCCACAGCUGGAGAGUGAGCCGCCGCCGGACUACACACACCCGCGCGGCGUGACUGGGGAUCCUGGUGACUACCGCACGCUAUACGCGCGGCGCAAGGCGGAGAUGGAGGAGCGCGCCGCCGCCGCCAAGGAGCGCAUUGCCGCCGCCUACCAGCUGGCCAACCAGGACCGCGAGAGCCGCAAGGCCAAGAUGAUUGACAAGCUUGUCCCCAGCAAGCGAACACGGACCCUGGCGCCCGCGCGCACCUCCGGCGGCCGUGGGGCCGGUGCCGGCGGCUCGGCCUCCGCCUUCCUGCACAAGCCCCGGGCCGAUAGCCGCAGCAGCGUGCUAUCCAAGCCCGGGGCGCAAGCCAAGCUGCUGAAGGAGCUGGGGUUGGUGCGGCCCGCCCCACGGCCUGCCACCAGCGUGCGUGUCAUUCACACGCAGGCACCGGCGCCGCCUGUGUCCGCCGCCGCUACGGGCCGCAGCAGCAGCCUGGCCGGCGCGGCGCUGCUAAACCGAACGACCGGCGGCCAGCUGGGUCAACUGGGCAAGGCGGCGGGCGGCGGCAGCGGCAGCGGCAGUGGAAGCGGCAGCGGCAGCGAGAUCGUGCCGCCGCAGCUACAGCAGGUGGCAGCGCGUCAGGCGGCCGUGGCGGCAGCACGGGCCGCCGCGGCGUCAGCUCCGACGUCGUCUGCUAGCCCUUCCAGUGGCAUGACGGGGUUUCGCUCCUAUUCGCACCCGCAAUCCGCCAGCCCCACUCCAACAGCAGGCAGCAAGCGGCCCGCACCAGACGCAGCCGGCAGCCAGCUGGCCAGCAAGCUCUCUCGUCCGCGGUCGGGGCAGGGAUCAAGCGUGGCGUCAGGAAAUGGGGCGGGGCCUGCGAAGCCGGAUCCCCGCGUUAUGUUUCCCCGCCAGGCGCCUCCCUCGUCAUCGCCCGGGCAGAGCAAGUUUGCUGUGCCUACGGCACGAAACACGCUGGCAUCGAUUGGGCCGCCCACGAUACCGCCGACCAAGCCAUCCACUGGCGUGCACAGGGCGAGUGACGGCACCAAGCCGCCGCCGCGAGUGGCGGCUGUGGCUGGUGGCGGCCGGGCGGGUGGGGGCGGCGGUGGGGGAGCCGCAAGAGCAGGUGGGUUUAAGCCCACGGAUGACCUGUGACCCUGACAUCUACGGCGUGGCGUGGCGUGCAGGUGUGAUGACCCAAGGCGAAACUUUGCAGGCGUUAGAGGUUUUGGGUAGUAAGAUGCAGGACGUCAUGCUCAGGCACCCAGGUUGACACAGGUAGGCCAGGAACCGAAGUUGUGAGACACGCAGCAUGUACGACCAUGCGCAGGCUAGCCAGGCCAAAGGGUGGACAAAAUUACGGACUUGCAUGCAGCGUAUGCCGUGACUUUGGAAGCUACGAGCGCGGAUCGCGCGCGAGACGUGGGGGAGCGGGGCAUUCCGUUUGUCAUGCGGCGAGUUGUCCGCGGAGGAAAGCCGGUGGGUGCUCAAACUCGAUUGUUCAUGCAUUCGUGCAAGCGCGGCUGUGGUGUGCGGUCGGCUGACCGCCGUGCAGCGGCAGGGCCACGAGCGUAGGUCUCGUGCAACUUUGUAUAUAUACUUGAGUGGGGCUGAAGCGGUGUACUGGCAUGAUGAUAAGCCAGGUAGACAGUCAGGGAGGAGUGGGUCAAGCAGGAGGUGUGUGGUGGGACAGUGGUAAGGCAAGUUGGUAAAGUCCCUUAGGGUGCAGCGGAUAGGUCAAGCAGGAGGUGUAGGGAUUCACGGAAGGAGACGAAGGUGUUGCAGCGACUAGAGUUAGGCAGGAUGCUCUCUGCAGAUUGGAGAUAGUUGGAGGUUGGAAUGAGUGUGAAGCAGUGGGGCCAGGCCCGCGUGUUGCGGUGUUGGAUAGCUCACUAGAGCUGUGACGAGGCGCGUUGGAUUGCUGUGAGGCAGAUGCUCGCUCCUUGUAGCUGUGACGAGGCGCGUUGGAUAUCUUACGGAUAACACAUCUCUUGUAAGCGCAAUACGUU